AAGGCGUGCUCAUGGUUUCUCCAUAAAUGGCGUCGCCAAGAAUUCAUUUCUCGAGGAUUUCCUGACUCGCAGAUUCUCUUCUGCUUACACUCGCUACCGUGCCACUUUAUCCCUCGUAAACUCUUAUUUCUAGCAAUUCCGUCUCAUCUUGUGGACAUUUCUUAGAAAGAAAUACUAUUUCAUCGUAGUACGCGAAGUUGAAGAACGAAAGCGAGCCUCUCGAGCUAGUAUCAUCCCCGUUAUUAUGGCGCGGACCAUCCUAAUCGCCGUGGACUCGUCCGAAAGCAGCUACAACGCCGUCCGAUGGGUGGCGACGUUCCUUCUCCGGACGGGCGACCGCAUCGUCAUCCUGCACGUGCAGCCGCAGCCAGACCUCGUGCAGGGGGUCGUCGCUAAAGACCUCCCCUUGGACCCCGAAGCCAUAGAGUCCAUCCGCACGCACAUCAGCAAGCUCAGCCGCGUAACGCUGCAGAAAUGCCAGGACAUAUGCCAAUCCUUUAAGUUUGCAGCAGAGACCAAAGCGGAGAUAGGCGAUCCACGCACUGUGAUCUGCGAGGAGGCAGCGCAUCUGAACGCGGACCUGCUUGUCAUGGGCUCCAGGGGACUGGGCACUCUCACCCGUCAACUCCUGGGCAGUGUGUCGAGCUACUGUGUGCACAACGCCCCUGUGCCUGUGCUCGUGGUGCGGCCGGUGGGCGCCAAGUGAGGAUUCAUCCACGCCAUUGGACCAGGGGCAGUCACGGCUAAGAAGGGCUACGGUAGAUGUGGUGUGCUGCUGUCAGCUUAUUGCUAUCAAUGGCUCUGUUGGUUUGAGGGUGCUUGGUGGUGUGCUAGGGUGCAAAAGCAUGCAUGGUAUUCCCAUUGAGCAUGCAUAGACCAUGGUCUAGACUUGAGAUGCUUUAUGUGCGCUAUAAGGGUGGUUGGAAUCAUGCAUGCACAGCAAUGGACUGCCAUACAGUAUCAGGGUGGUUGUCAGGCCUCUGGAUAGGAUUUGGAGUAGUCUUUCAUGUAAGGGUACGAACCCUCGACCACUUUUUCUGUAAGGGUGUUUUUUUUUUUUUUACUUCGGUUUAAAGGGU